AUGAAGCUUCUCCUUCUUUCCCUGUGCCUGUCUGUCUCGGCGGCGCCAAUUCCUUCGCCUGCCUCAUUAAUUGACAUUAAUGCCAACAACAAUGACUUGAAGUUUCCAAUCAACGUUCUUGGUCUUCAGGGGAACGACGUGAAUGCCCUCAACGGCAACUUGGCCGGCAACUCGGCAUCAAAUGGACAGACAAAUAACAAUGCUGCAAACGGCGGCAAGGAAUCCGCCCCCAAGAGUGAUAACACCAGAACCAGCAACGGCGGCACCACAACCACCAACAACGUCAACACCAACCAUGCGUCAAACUCGCUGAUUGGUGUCAACACGAAUGGCAAUAAGCUCGACUUCCCCAUCAACGUCCUCGGCGCCCAGGCCAAUGGCGUGACGGCUCUGAAUGGCAAUCUGGCUGAUAACAGCGCCUCCAAUGGCCAGACCAACAAUGGCGCCAAACCUGCCGAGCCCAAGGAGGCCGUGAGCUCUCCUAAUACCGUCACGAACAAUAUCAACACCAAUGGGGAUGCUGAAAACACAAACACCAACAUUAAUACCAAUGCGAAUGGCAACACGGUCAGUACCGGCACAGGCGGUGCCAACACGGCCAACACCAACACCAACGCCAACUCUAAUACCAAUACCAAUGCUAAUACCAACACCAACACCAACACUAAUGCCAACACCAACACCAACACUAAUACCAAUACCAACACUGUUAAUGCAAAUGCCAACCCCAAUGCCAUUGUCAACAACACCAAAAACACAAACACCACCAGCCCCAGUGUCACCAACACCAACUACGCUGGCACCAACGCAACCAACAUCACCGCCACCAAGACCGACAAACCCACCACCAUCAAGACCAGCGACGCCCCCGACGCAGAGACUGACGCCAGCCCCGAAACCGACAGCGACACCCAGACAGAGACCAGCGCGCCAGGCAACACCGUUUCGCAGCCUCCCCCAGUCGCCAGCGUGCCAAACAGCCAGGAGAACAACGCUGCCCCAACAAAGGUCGUUACCUACACGGUAUCUCCAAUCCCUGUCAGCAAUGUCGUUUCUGCCGCGCAGCCUGGCUCCGCGCAACCUGCCUCUGUCGAUGUUUCAAGCGUGGUCAACGCCGUGAAUGGUCUUACGGCCGCAAUCACCUUGCUUACCGGUGCUGUCGGACAGGGAUGUGCUAAACAGUGA